AUGUUUGGUUGUAGUUUAAUUACUGACCGUUCCCUGGUAGGGAUUCUGGUGAUCUCAUCGAUGCUCAUAGUCAUCUGUAGCGGCACCAGAAAUUUUCGGGCGCCACGCGAACAGAAAACAGGGAAUGUGGAUGCUGACGGAGUGCCAAGUUUGAAGCCGAUAAAUGAUCGACUCGUGAGCCACGUCAGCCGCUUCAAGGGGUUACGCGAUGAUCUGCACAAGCUGCAGCAUUCGAAAGAAAAAAUGGAACCGUUGGCGUACCUAAAGGAGAUGAUGCGUGUUAUGGAUGCACUGCAGUCGAUGGGUAAAGAGUGGAAAGACAUCGAGGAUUUGCAAAAGAAGGGACCAAACGAGGAGUUCAUAUCGUUGCUGGAAGAGAUGGAUCCGCUCUGUGCCAAUCGGAUUCCGCGCACCCCGGACAAGGAAAUUGAUCUCCAUUGCUCCUACUACUAUAUGAACGGCGAUCCUUUCUACCUUAUUGGUCCGCUAAAACGCGAGGUAAUAAACAAGAGCCCCUCGGUUGUGAUCUACCGUAACUAUAUCACCGAGAACGAGGUGAGAAUUGCCAAAGAGAAGAGUGUCGUCGACAUGGCGCUGUACAAGCGGAUCAAACUGGUGGCAGAGAAUGUGUUUAAUAUUGCCGUACGCAGAAUCAGCGAAAAGGGUUACAACGGGUCUGAGGUCAAGCAUUAUGGUCUCAGCAUUAUGCUCUACCUGGAAACGUCUGGUUUCCAUGGUAAUACACUGUUCAAGGCUGGAAAGUACGUGGUGUCGCCAACCAGUGGCAGCCUGAUGGUAUCUGAGAGGCACCCAUCCGUCUGCCCGUCCGACAAACCGUUGCUCGCCAUCACCAACUUCGAUGUGGUGCCAACAAGGAAGCAAUAA